CUCGAUUUUGGCACUUGAUGUAAAAGCACGAACUGCAACUUUUGGACUAAAGACCGUACGAACCUAAGAACAGGUCAAUUGGAUAUACAAGACAUCUUCAAAACAUCCCGUGAUGUACUUGAUAUAAACAGACAGCGUUUGUGAAGGUAUUGUCUCAUAUACGCCGGUAAUAUACACACCCCUUUACUGAUACAACGAUGAAGAUUUUCCUAUUUCUUGGAUUGAUAGCGGCUGUUUACAGUCAAGCGGCACGACGAUGCGAAACUCCAAAACAGUGGGAGGCCGUCAUCAUCAGGCAUGACCACACCGACGAUUUCUCAAGUCGAGCAAAGUUGUCCUACGAUGCUUUUGGAGAGAGAUCAAGAGAGACUGAAACCGUAUAUAUGAACGGCAAAGAGGCUUUCUACGACAUUCUAAGAUUACAUAAAGAGAGAGUUGAGUUUGUAGUUGAUAUUCGCACCAAGAAAUGCGAGCGAAGAGAAUUGACCUACCCCUUCAGACCAUUUGAAAUUCCCGAAAAUGCCAGGAGUUACGGCGAGGCCUACAUCGGGGGAAGUCUUCUUGGUUCCGGUGUCCUGAUCAACCAAUGGGAAGCCAAUAUGCCCAAUGAUGCAAAGUGGACUGGACAAUGGGCAAUUGAUGGUUGUAUUCCUGUCUAUGAUCAUUACUGGCACAACUAUGUCAACUACACUUCAUACCAUUUCUACGACGUUACUCUAGGAAUAUCAGAUCCAAAUGUCUUCAUCCCACCAUCAACAUGCAAGUGAUUGCAUGACAUUAUCCCACGCCAACUCCCAAAUAACAUCGGAUGAGUAAAAUAGUCUAUGAACUUUUGAAUAACCACAGUCAAGACUUAUAAGCUGUACAAGAUUUCAAAAUUAUUUUACCAACUCACUGUACAUUUUUUAUCAUAUGAACAAGAAUACAAUGUCCGUAAGGAAAAACUAUAAAAAGU